AUGUCGGUGGGUCAAAGACCACCCCACAAAUGCCGCAAAUUCUGCCUGAUUCGCAUGACAGAUAGCGGAGAGACCCCUAGGUCAGUCGUGAUCGGCGAGGGUUCACAUUCUGCCCGCCCCUGUGAGACUUGUGGCAAGAUUCAUGGGGGGGAAUGUUAUUGGGCCACUGGAGCCUGCUUUAACUGUGGAGGUAAGGGCCAUAUAGCUAAAGACUGUACUAGUGCUCCGAGAUAUGGUCCAGCUCCUACUACUGCCGAGGGAUCUAUUCAGAGUCCUGCUCCCAGAGGUUCACAGUCAGUUGGCAGAGGAAGAGGCAGAGGUAGAGGCACUGCUUCAGGCAGUCAGGGCACAAUUGGUCAGUCAGGACAAGGAAGUGCUUCAACCAGAAUCUACGCAAUGAGACAGCGUGAAGAGGCUGAGACUUCUGAUGUGGUAGCUGUUGAAAAGAAUAUCGGGAAGGAACCCGAGGAACCGAGUCGAGGCUAAAGGACGACUCGUUUGAGGUUUGUGCACAACAUAUACUUUUAUAAUCAUCUUUUGCAUAUCGUUUUAAAUAAUGUGAAAUAUUGGAUUAUGACAUUCUUAUGAUGUUGAUCUAAAUUGUUGAAAGUUAUUAUGUAUAUUUGAAAAGAAAAUGUUUAGCAAAUUGUUAAGAUAAGUUUUGAAACCACAGUGUCAUGACCACAUAUUUGAACACCUCACUAGCACGACUAGUGGGGGUAAUUAGUU